AUGUCCGGGCUAUCUACUCAGAGUCUAGGAUCACAGGCAGCCCCCGGGUACCACGACCCACCUCCACCAUACUAUUCAGCCCAGCCCAGCCAAGAUACACUUGCCUGGAUUAUGGAGAACGAGCAUACUCGCCGGGUUCUACUGCAACGGCUAGAUGACAUGGACGAGGAGUUCGACAUCUUCUGCGCCGAGCAGAGACCGACCGGAGUUGACUACCUUCAGGUGGCCGAAAGGUGCCAGGAGGGUGGCAGAAUACUUAUAGAGCAGGGACUAAUCGCUACGGAUUUGGCAAAGGUCAUGAGGGAACGCGCCAAUCGAGAAUGGAAUGACCUCUAUAUCGCCCUUUCAAAACUCACUGAUAGUGAGUUUAACCAGACAUAUGCUUCUUUCAAACAGGACCCAAAUCAGCAGAUACAACAUGCGGUGUCUGAACUGAUCGAGUUAUGA